AUGCAAUCGUCAAAUCAGAAAAACAUUGAUAUGAACACGAUUCUUUCUAUAAUUCCCUAUCUACCGAAAGUUACCCCUCAGGAUCUAAUAAUGAGGGCAAGCGCAAGAUUUAAAAAAAAUGGCGAAAUAUCCAGAAUUCCUAAUGCAUUUAUCGCAUUUCGUAUGGAUAUCUAUCGUGAACUUCGUGUUUUUGGCGAUUGCAGCAUGAGUCAACCUCAACUUUCUUUAAUGUGUAAGGCUUCAUGGGAAAGUCAACCAGAAUCUGUCCGUAAUGCAUAUCAACAUAUUGCAGCAUCCGCAAGAAUUCUUUACAAAAAAAUGAUUCAGAAAUGCAUACAGCAAGGACAAAAUGGUAAAAAAGUGGCGUCAUACGAGCAGACGCCAUUUUUAAAUGACGAAAUGAACAAAAGCCUUGAUUUCAAAGAUCAAUUUGAAAGCCAUUCUUUUGUAAAUAUGACUACUUCCGAAAUAUUCGCGCAGGAUACUUCGAGCUUGACAUCAAAUACAUCAGGCCAUGUUCCUCCUAAUUGGAUCCAACAAAAUGAAAAUCCAAAUUUGACUAUUGAAAAAUCAACCGAUUUAGCUAACUUUGGGCAAUCUGAAAUUAAUUCGAAUAUAACUCUUUCCGAUGAUUUACAAGAAUCUUUUUCUACGGAAUCAUUCAAUAAUGAACUUUCAUGUUUAGAAGGAGACCAAUCUUCAUAUUUUGUUUCGAUGAAUUCGGAGAAUAUAAUGCAAUCGUCAAGUUUGGAAUCAUUCGAUAUCAGAAACUAUUUUGAUAAUCCUUUUUCUUCAACUUCUAAUAAUUUGACUGAACCGCAACAACUAGAUCAACGAGAACAUAAUCUAUUUAACAUUUUUGUUGUGAACAAUAAUGUUAUUGAAAAUUCCCAUGAACACGAUAAAUGUGACGCAGAAAUCCAGAUUGCCGAACUGCGCUCAAAAAUUAAAUCUUUAGAACAAAAAAUUGAUACUUUAAUGAAUUUUUUAAAUGAAAAAGGAAUUAAGAUGAAUGAAUGA